GAAAUAUAUUGGUCAAAGUCUCAAGGACAUCAAACGGGCGUCUUGGCCAUAAAAGAAAGGGCGUUUCCAAAGCUUGCAAACGUACGAUCUGAAUUCUGAUUUCCAAGUCGACUCAGAAAUGGCAACGGGAACAGCACCACCAAGAGGAAGUGCAGCGGCAGCUGCAAGCAUGCGCAGGAGGAGAACAACAAGCGGUGGUGGGGCCUCAGGAGGGGCUGCUGGGACUAUGCUUCAGUUUUACACAGAUGAUGCCCCAGGACUCAAGAUCUCUCCAAAUGUCGUGCUUGUCAUGAGCAUUGGUUUCAUUGCUUUUGUUGCCAUUCUCCAUGUCAUGGGCAAGUUGUAUUUUGUUCGUAGGGACUAGGGAGGCUUCAGAGUGUUUUAACAGUAGCAAACUAAGUUCAAUGUCGGGAUUUUCAAUUGUCCGUGGUUCAUUACUUUUUGACCUUUUACAGAUUAUAAUUUAGAGACCGAUUUAGUUUGAUUCCCUGUA